AUGGCAUCUUACCAUAUUCAAGUUCCUGAUGACAAUUCUGGUGUUGCAUCAAGAUUAAUAAUAAUUCUUGUAUUCUUAGGUAUCAUGGCAAUUUUGGUUUUAGUUUUAUCCCGCGCAAAGCCACCUAAAAAGGAAGAAAUAGAGCCAUUUAUCACUUCCAAAGCUAGGAAGAAUCUGAAUAUUAAUACAAAAGAUACCGAAUUUGCAAAGGUUUAA